UCUUCUUGUCGACUUCUACACAACCCACACAAUGAAAACGUUUCAAAUAUUUUUAUUUUUGGUGUUUUGUACAUCUUUUAUAAAUUCCAGGGGGAUCAAUGGUGGCAUGAGUUGUGCAGUUUGCACAGUUUUAACUGGUGUCACUAUGCAAAUUGCAGAACUGCAUGAGGAAGACUUGUUUAAUGCAACGAAACGUCUUUGUAAUGUUUUACCGAAUAAAGUACGAGACCCUUGUUUCAAAAUUGUGGAUAAAGUGGAACCUUACUUGACUAAUCUGUCAGAAAAAAUUACUCCAGAUUUAUUCUGUCUGGUUUAUGGGACUUGUAAAGUAGACAAGGGACAGCAGUUAUGUCACUUAUUUCCCUUAACCGAUGAGCGAGAGAAAAUAGAAAGUGUUUUGAAAAAUGAAGAGAUACGGAUGCUUCCAAAAAUUGACUUUUGCAAACUUCCAUAUAUCAAAGAUAUUUGUAAUAUUUUAAACAACUCCUACACGUCCUUAGCUCCAGUUGAGGACUUUGAUAAUGAUGGUUUCAGUGCGAUGGAAACUGGAAGAGGUUCGGAUUGGAGAGGGCGAGAUUGUAUCGACAAUGACCCACAAGUGUACCCCGGACGUCGGCCUUUAAAUUCAGAUUAUUUCUCCGACAGUAAUUGUAACGGCAUUUGGGGCAUCAAAAAUGACAGUUUUCUGUCUCUGGAGCAACAACUUUGUAAAAAAUCGCAACCUAGAGGUUUGAUCUUCAUUGGUGACUCUAUUGGAGCUCAUUUCCAUAUGCCUGAAGUUUGGAUUAACCCACUUUUAUUCAGUUGGCCGGGUUUAAAUGGUAGUAGUGUAAUUUUAGACGAGAUCGAUUGGCCCCAAUUUGGGUUUGCCACCGGUUUUAAGAACAUCACGAAAAAUAUUUUGAUUCAAGGUUUAACUGAUUCACUUUAUUUGCGACUCCGAAAUCGUAACAGAUGUAAUCAUCGAGAUUACCAAAAUUUGUCUCAAAACGGUGCUUCCAGUUACGAAGGACUUAAUCAUGUAAGUUCAAUUGCGAGAAAUCAGUCGACAGAUAAUCCAGCUUUAGUCAUCUACGCCAUGCAAGGAAAUGAUGUUUGCAAUAAUUUUAAUGACACGAUAAAUCACAUGACGCCUCCAGAAACGUUUAGACGAAAUAUUAUGAAAACUUUGUUUUUACUAGACGAAAAGUUACCGUCGCAAAGUCACGUAAUUCUUGUAGAAUUGGUAGAAGCUGAUUUUAUUUUCCCCGCAAUGGCUGAAAGAUUACACCCAAUUGGACGAUUGCACAAAAAUGUAUUUUACAAAAAUUUGUACGAGUGGUUCAACUGUAUGCAAAUUGGACCCUGUACAGGAUGGUUGAACGCAAACCAAACACUUCGAAACAUCACCAGUAAAAGGGCAAGGAAACUAUCAACAAUUUUAAAAUGUAUAGCGACAAACGAAACGUUUAAAAAUUUUCAAGUCCAUUAUAUUCAAAAUCCAAUUAAUUAUUUAGUACGCCAUGGGAAAAUUAACAUAACGGAAUUUCUUGAACCCGUGGAUAGUCUACAUCCAAAUCAAAAAGCCCAAAUUUUGUUGACUGAAACAGUUUGGAAUUUCUUGGAGGAGCUUCCUGUUUUAGGACCUGUCAAUCCGCAUAAUGAUGAAAUAAUAAAAAUUUUUGGAGAACAGGGAGGACAUUAGAAAAAUUUUUGUAAUGAAUUUUUAAUAAAAAAAUGGUUUGUUAUUAA